AUGGGUGAUGUAGCUCAGAUUAUUCACAAAAAUGAUUUUAAUUAUGACCAAAUUGUUAGUGAUGUUAUUACUGAUGGAAAUUGGGAUGUAAAUCACUUACAGCUUCAUGAAUAUCUUGCUGAACACAUCAACUCCAUUGACAUAGGUAAUCAGGAUCUAACUGAUACUCCUAUUUGGAUGCCUAACAGUAAUGAUACUUUUUCUACUGCUUCUGCCUGGAGACAUAUUAGACAAAAAAACGAGGUUUCUUAUUUCUUAAAGAAGAUUUGGCAUAAGCAUUUACCUUUUAAAAUGACUUUCUUAAUGUGGAGAUUUCUGAAAAGAAACUUGCCUUUUAAUGAUACUAUUGCUUCUAGAUUUGGGAUUGACAGUGAUGCCAGGUGUUUUUGUUGUCCUAUUGAUCAAAGAGAUACUAUGCACCACACUUUCAUUGGUGAGAAACUUGCUAAACAAAUGUUGAAUUUCUUUGGAAAUCCUGUUGGAAUUUCUUGGGAGGAUAUACCUAUCAAGUGUGUGCUUCAAAAGUGGUGGAAUAUCAAGCCAAAAAAUUCACUUCAUCAGACUAUUCUACAAAUUACUCCUUUAAUAAUUUGUUGGGAGAUUUGGAAAGCGAGAUGCUCGGUCAUAUAUGGAGGUAACAAAUGCUAUACAAAACAGAUUCAAUAUAAGAUUCUUUCUUAUUUAAAAUGGAUUGUCUCCAAAGCAAAGAGUAAUACUGAAUGGAGUUAUAGGUGGGAAAAUAUGUAUCAACCGGUUAUGGGCCUUAUUCCCAAGAUUGAAUGUAUUGUGGUUAAAUGGUUGAAGCUCUCUGAAAAUUGGGUGAAGAUUAACACUGAUGGAAGCAAGGAUGCAAAUGGUAGAGCUGAAAUUGGAGGAAAUUGUAGAGAUCACAGAGGAAUAAUUAUCAUGGCCUUUGCUCGAACGGUGGGUAUGGAUACUAGUAAUAUGGCUGAAGCCAAGGCUGCUCUAAAUGGCCUGGAAUGGUGUUAUCGAAAUGGGCAUAGCAAUGUAAUCUUGGAAUGUGAUUCAAAGAUUGUGGUUGAGAUGAUCAAAGGAAACUACCAUAUCCCUUGGCAAAUGAAGAACAUCAUUACUCAUAUUCAAAAUAUAUCAAGUACUAUUACCUGCGAGGUUCGACAUUGCUAUAGGGAAGCCAACCAAGUCGCAGAUGCCUUAGCAAAAUGGAGUAUUACAAAUGAGAAUUUGAAUAUAUUUGCACAUGCACAUCUUCCAUCGAGAGCCAACGGACCUUACAGACUUGAUCUCAUACAAAUGGAGUCCCUUUGGCAUAAACAGAGGAAGAAUUCUUUUGUAUAA